AAGGAAAGUAGUAGAAAGGAGCAGAGCGUCCACAAAAGAGUUUUCCCCAAAGAGCCUCCCUCCGGCUUGGAGACGGCUCUCAAAGCCUGAGCAUCACCAACGGGCUUUCCGGAGAAAGCCGAAAGUGAGAAGCUGUUGACCGAAAGUUGCCGAGCGCUCACGGAGAUAGACGAAGAACUGCGGGAAGGGUCAAGUCGCGCGUCCCGAGAGCCCGAGCUCAGGACGGUCGCCAGGCGGAACCGCUCCGGAAGGGCGGAAGUGGGGGGCGGGACGGUGUCGUGUGGCGGAAGAGGCCCGAGGAUUUCCGAAGCGAGCGGAAGCGGCGCUGCCGGGGUCGGGCCGAGCCGGAGGCAUGGCCGAGGCGUCCUCGGAGCGGGAGGCGGAGGCCGAGGCGCUGGCCGCGGCGCGCGAGCGGAGCCGCCUCUUCCUGAGCGGCCUGGAGCUGGUGCAGCAGGGCGCCGAGGCGCGCGUCUUCCGCGGCCGCUUCCAGGGCCGCGCGGCCGUGGUGAAGCACCGCUUCCCCAAGAGCUACCGGCACCCGGCGCUGGAGGCGCGGCUCGGCCGGCGGAGGACGGUGCAGGAGGCUCGCGCGCUGCUCCGCUGCCGCCGAGCGGGGAUAGCUGCUCCAGUUGUCUUCUUCGUGGACUAUGCUUCUAACUGCUUAUAUAUGGAAGAAAUCGAAGACUCGGUGACUGUUCGCGAUUAUAUUCAGUCCACUAUGGAGACUGAGAAAGACCCCCAGUGCCUCAUGGGCUUGGCCAGGAGAAUGGGGCAGGUUCUGGCUAGAAUGCACGAUGAAGACCUCAUUCACGGGGACCUCACCACCUCCAACAUGCUCCUGAAACGGCCCCUGGAGCAGCUGCACAUUGUGCUCAUCGACUUCGGCCUGAGUUUUGUUUCGGGACUGCCGGAAGAUAAAGGCGUCGACCUCUAUGUCCUAGAGAAGGCCUUCCUCAGCACCCACCCCCACACCGAGGCCGUGUUUGAAGCCUUUCUGAAGAGCUAUGGUGCUUCCUCCAAGAAGUCCAGUCCAGUGCUGAAGAAGUUAGACGAGGUGCGCCUGAGAGGGAGAAAGCGGUCCAUGGUCGGGUAGCUGUAAUGACUGGCUUACAGGGAGAACACUGUGGACGAGGCUGGACCACAGGCUGUGGGGUCUCACAGGGAGGAUGCUGUGGACGAGGCUGGACCGCAGGCUGUGGGGUCUCACAGGGAGAACACUGUGGACGAGGCUGGACCGCAGGCUGUGGGGUCUCACAGGGAGAACGCUGUGGACGAGGCUGGACCGC